CGACGACGCUCCCGGCGAAGAGGACGAUGUGGAUAUGGAUGCUCCUGAUGCGGAUGCGGACGCCGACGCUGAUGCAGACGAUGACGACGAGGACGAGGACGAGGUCGAGGAGGAGCCCGAACCUGUCAAGCGCGGCCGGAGAGGUGGCCGACCCUCACGCGGCGCCGCAGCAGUAACACCCAAGGCAUCGCGGUCUUCUUCGGCACAGGUCGCUGAGCGUGCAAGUUUCAAGGGUCUCAACUUCCAGCAAGCUCAAGAAAGGAUCGUUGCGGAUAUGCUAGGAAAGAGGGACGAGAGUGGCGAAUACCAGUACUUUGAGGCCUUUUCCUUCCUGCCGCCUCGAACUCUAAAGGAUUAUUACGAGAUCAUUGCAGAACCCCUCUCCUUAAAGGCUCUGGAUAAGCAAGUACGCGGCAAGCAUGGUAGAAACGAAGCUACUGGCAUCAGCGACUUCAAGACUUGGUCCCAAUUCGAGGACCAAGCAAGUCUCCUGUGGAAGAAUGCAUACCACUACAAUGAGGACGGCAGCGAGAUCUUCGAGUUAGCUCGAGAGCUUGAGGUAUUCUUCAAAGAACUCAUGAAGGACGCCAAGCGAAAUGUGGAAGAACCGCCGCAACCCAAGAUCAAACUCAAGGUCCCACACAAAGCCCAGGUACCUUCACAUCCCAAGAAGAUUACCAUUACUGUGGCUGGCGGGAAGGAUAGUGCAGUUGGAUCACCGGCCCCAGCAACAGCACAGUCUACGGAGGAAGACAUUACUCGUAACGGUACUCCUGUAGCACGAAACCCGUUCAGUGGCUCUGUUACUGUUAACCACAGCCGACUGGAGAAGACUCGGAGUAUGUCCACUUCGGCUCCUCCGCCUAGUCCUUCGGCUGCAGGCGCAGUGAAGCCCGAGGAUGCUGCGAGACAGUCCCCGUCCAUACCGCCCCCCGGUCCUGCCAUGACCACGCAGCAACAAUUCACUCCUGUUAUACCACCCAACACGAAUGGCAUUUCAGUCACUCCCGUCCCCCCACCUCCGCCUCCGAAGAAGACAGCGGCAGAAAUUCUUGAGGCUCAGAAAUACCGACCACACCCAAUUAAAGAAAGUGAGGCUCUGAUAUCAAAACUUGUGAUUGGGUCCCAUCCGAGCUUGCAUCUCGAGAAACCGCUCGACAUCACGAUAUCAGCUAGUACUACGGAGACACAGCAGGAAUUGGUGUUCAACGCUCCAGCCAGCUAUUUUCGUUUACAGCUGCGGCCUUAUGUUGCACCCUUCCUGGAGGAACAGCUACGCGAAUGGAAACUGAAUGUUACUCAGGACUAUCAGCGUCUUUGGCCUAACCAGCCGAAUCCACGAGCUGAACCGGCUUUCGACGUAAACUUGCGCUACGGCUCCAAUCGCUUCGAAGUAUCCUUGGUAGCCGCCCUUCCCAAAGGAGAGAAAGGCCCGCAUGGUCUGGGCAUGGAGAUGGAAAAGAUUGUUGUCUAUUUCAAUCUGCUCAAGCAUGCUUGAGCCUCAGUGAAGAAUGAUGUGAUGGGGGCGAUCUUGAGGAGCAAUGUACCUCUCAAUCGGCCGGGCAUAGGAAUUCUAGGAGCAACGGAGUGAAUUGGGAAAAGCAGGUUACCUCGGAGCAGGCGUCUCACGAUUGUGGCAGGAGUUUGUCUUUAAUGUUGCGAGACCAUGUCAUGUAAAGAUAGCAAGACCACAACAAGGUGGAGGGACUUCCCGGGGCAUCUAUUCGUGCUUGCUCAAACUUGUCGCAUAUCGGUACCGACCGAGCAACUGGUAGAAAGUGUACCUUGUUCAUCAAAUAUAGCAAUUAUAGUAAAGCUGUUGAUGGCUGCAAACGAUCGGGAGCCGUUGACGUCUGCAGCC